AUUUUGUAAAUAUUUUGAUAUUCUUCCCAAUUUUACUAAUUAUCCAAUAUAGUAGAACUGAACGCUAAAUUGGAUGGUUUUUACAACUUGUACUUGUUUCAUACAUUAAAUACAAAGCUUUCUUACUUGCUUACUAUUUUAAACUCCCACAACAUUAUUUCCUGAGCAAUGUCAGACACAGAAGAAGAAAGAGUCUUUGAAAUUGAAAUAGCAAAGAAUGGAAGGGCAGGUUGCAAAAAGUGCAAACAAAAAUGCCUACAAGGAGUCCUUAGGAUAGCCAAGGUAGUUCCAAAUCCCUUUGCUGAUGGUAAAAUGAAAAAUUGGCACCAUGUUGAUUGCCUCUUUGAAAUGUUCAAAAAACAGAGAGCCACAACCAAAAGAAUUGAGCAUGAAGAUGACAUUAUUGGUUUUGACAUUUUAUCUAAUGAAGAUCAAGAGCUUGUUAGGGAUAAAAUAAAAGAAUCUCAACAGUUCUUUGGAAUUACUAAAUCACCUCAAAAGAAAACUCCAAAAAAGGCAAAAGAUGUACAAUCACAAAAGAUUUUGAAAGCUGAGGGUGCCUCUCCAAAUAAAACUCAGGACCCUAAUACUCCUGAUAAUCUAUUUAAAACUUUUCAAAACAUUGUGGAUAAAAUAGCAAAACAUCCAAGUUAUUUGGAAAAAACUGCUAUAGUAAAAAACUUUUUUGAAAAGGGAUCUGGAGGCACAGGAUUUAAUGGUGAUAUAGAGAUUUGGUGUAGGCUCUUACUACCUGGAAGUGUAAAGAGAAUAUACAAUUUACAGAGCAAACAGUUGGUGAAACUUUUUAGCAGAAUAUUACUUGAAGAUCAAGAUGAAAUGUUGGAGCAUUUGGAACAGGGAGAUAUCAGUGAAACAAUAAGUUAUUUCUAUCAGAAAAGCAGAAAAUAUAAUCCCACACCUACAGAAUCAACAUUAACUGUUCAAAAAGUGGACACAUUUUUGGAAUACUUAUCAAAACUUACAAGAGAAGAAGAUCAAAUAAGCCACUUUACAAAUAUUUUGAAACACUUGACUGCUAAUGAUUUGAAAACAAUUAUAAGAUUAAUUAAGCAUGAUUUAAGAAUGGGAGCUGGAGCAAAACAUAUUUUAGAGGGUAUCCAUCCAGAUGCUUAUAGUGUAUACCAAGCAUCUAAGGAUAUUGAUAGAGUGGUUGAAAGGUGUUUUGGUAAUAGAAAAGUCCAAAAUGCCGAAAUUAACGUAUUAACCCCGGUAUUCCCAAUGUUGGCGGAAGCUUGUAAAUCUGUAGAAUAUGCUAUGAAAAAGUGUCCUAACGGAAUGUUUUCUGAAAUUAAAUAUGACGGAGAGAGAGUUCAGGUUCAUAAACACGGUAAUGAAUUCAAAUAUUUCUCAAGAUCCUUAAAACCAGUAAUGCCCCAUAAAGUGGCCCACUUUAAAGAUUAUAUACCAAAGGCAUUUCCGCAUGCUAAAGAUUUAAUACUGGACGCUGAAAUACUGAUGAUGGACACAACCACUGGCAAACCACUACCGUUUGGUACUUUAGGAGUCCACAAAAAGGCUCAAUUUAAAGACGCUACGGUUUGUCUGUUCGUUUUUGAUUGUAUUUAUUAUAACGGCGAGAGCUUAAUGAAAAAGCCAUUGGAAGAACGAAAGAGGAUUUUAAAUGAAAAUAUGAAGGAGGUGCCUAACCACAUUGUAUUUUCCGAAAUGCAAGAAAUUGAUGAACCUGGAAAAUUAGCGCAAAUGAUUGCGAAAGUCUUGAAGUUAGGAUUAGAAGGGCUGGUUUUAAAAGACAAAAUGAGCAAAUAUGAACCAGGGAAAAGACAUUGGCUUAAGGUGAAAAAAGACUAUUUAUUUGACGGGGCAAUGGCUGACAGUGCUGACCUAAUCGUUCUAGGAGCGUGGUACGGUACUGGACAAAAGGGUGGAAUGAUGUCAGUGUUUUUAAUGGGCUGUUAUGAACCACGUUCCAAGAAGUUUUGUACUGUAACUAAAGUCCAUACAGGUCAUGAUGAUAAAACCUUGGAACAGUUACAAGAAGAAUUACAAAUGGUGAAAAUAAGUGGGGAUGCGGAUAGAGUACCAAGCUGGCUAAAGUGUACCAGAUCUAUGAUACCCGAUUUUGUUGCUGAAGAUCCAAAAAAGCAACCGAUAUGGGAAAUAACUGGAGCAGAGUUUACUCAGCAACAUGAUGUCCAUACUGCUGACGGUAUAUCCAUAAGAUUCCCCCGUGUUACAAAAAUACGUAACGACAAAACUUGGGAGACGGCUACAAAUGUGGAAGAGCUCAGAACCCUUUUUAAAAAUUCAAAAGAAAAUACUGAUGUUAGUUUACUGCUUAAAGAUUAUAAAGGUCAAAUGGAUAACUCUGCUUCUAGCUCCAGUUUAUCGCCCAAAAAGCGAAAAAAUGAAAACGGUACCAGUGUCUCUAGUAGAGAUAUUUCCUUUUCAGAGAAACCAAAGAAAAGAAAAAAAGACAGCAUAGAAACUAGUGACAGUUCAAUUAUAGAAGAAUCUAAAAACUCAAAGAAGAACAGUAAAGAACUGGACAGGAAGGUGAAUCGUAUUAGUAACGGCGAGAGUAAAACAUCCUCACGGGAUAAUUCACUGUCCAAAUAUAAUAGUUCACAAUCUCCGCCAAAGAAGAGAAAAGUAAACAUUGAAAAUGCUUUACCAGCCUAUUUUGAAAAUGUCAAAGCUUUAUUUGUGACAUCAGAUUACCCUGAAAUUGAAAGGUAUUUCCUUGCUUAUAAGGGCCUUAUAUUAGAUAAGAAAAAAUGUUAUGAUGCAACUCACAUAAUCCAUUUUAAUGAGAAAAUCAAAGAAAGAAAUAUGAAAUGGCCAAAAAAUGUCAAACAUUUACAUGCAACUUGGAUAGUGGAUUCUGUUAAUAAAGGUCGCUUGCAAUCAGAUGAAAAAUAUAUUGUUAAGUGGGAACCUAUUGUUGACAAGGACGAUGAAAGUAGAUAUAAUAACAUUUUUAAGAAGUGAUUUAUGUUUAUAUUUUUAUUGUAUGUAUUUUAUUUAUUUAUUUUUAUCUAAUAAACAUUUGGAAUUGUUAUGGCAUAUAA